AACUGGGUAGUUGCAGAGACUCAUAGUGUAUAUGAGCGGCUUCAGCACAACUUUGAGCUGCUUGUGUCUGUCUUCUUGGCUUUGGAGUGUAGUCAUUGGAAUAUAUAAGGGCCCUGAAGGAUGUCUGGUCAUGGUAAGAAGGCUGUUGCCAAAGCAAAGAGCUCCAUGACCCGUUCGGCACGGGCCGGGCUGCAGUUCCCCGUGGGCCGCGUUGCCCGUCUGCUGCGAAAGGGAAACUAUGCACCCCGCAUUGGCACAGGUGCUGCGGUUUACUUGACCGCCAUCCUGGAGUACCUGUGUGCUGAGGUCCUGGAGCUGGCCGGCAAUGCCUCACGGGACAACAAGAAGCUGCGAAUCACUCCACGACACAUCCAACUGGCCGUGCGUAAUGAUGAAGAGCUCUCUCUUGAACUCUCUCUUGUGGUCACCCUGAAAUAAAACCUGGGCCUUUUUCCAUGAA